UAAAAUUAAUAGCCUAUCUCAUUUAAAUUCAAUCAUAAUAGAGUUGUACAUUUUAAUGAUUUGAUAUUGCAUUUUGUUUGUAACAGUUUAUUGUUUCUUUCUUUCUAUUGUUGUUGCUUUUCUUGACAAAAAACAUUUAUUUUAUGUAGGCUAUACCGGUAACCAAUAUUAAGUUACCUAACUCAGAAUUAAUUAAAAUAUAGCCUACCUACUCUGGAGUACGCCCAAGUUAUUUAUUCACAUAUUUUAUUUGUUUGGAAUUAAUAAGCUUAGUUAUGAUUUUGAAAUAUACAUUGUUUACACUGACAGUUUCAGUAGUUCCACUCUUUAUUAUAUUAAAAGAUGCAAAAUCCUUCAAUUUUAUUCCUAAAGUAAUCCUGGACAGCGUAUCAGUAGUUAAUUCUGAAUCCUUUAACCAAUUAUUAGCAUCUGGUAUCUUCACAUACUUCACAGCCAUUGGUGUAAUAAAAUCAGAGGAAACUGAUAGUGCCUCUAACUCUUUGUUUACGGAAGAAGAAAUUAAACAGUUUAACGGAAUCAGUAAAGAUAAACGACUUUACCUCGCAAUAUUAGGCAACGUAUUCGACGUUUCAAAAGCUGCCAAAUAUUAUGGGCCUGGUGAGACGUACAAUGCAUUUACAGGUCGGGAUGGAAGUCGUGCCUUUGUCACAGGAGAUUUCACUGAGAGUGGUCUCACUGAUGAUGUUGAAGGAUUGACUUUACAAGAACUUCGCAGUUUAAAUGAUUGGGUGAAAUUUUAUUUCAAAGAAUAUACUUACAAAGGAAAGCUUGUUGGAAGGUAUUAUGACAAAACUGGGAAUCCGACAGGCUAUCUUCACAAACUACAGCUGAAACUAGAAGAAGCAGAUCGGGAUGAGAAAGAUAAGAAUAAAUACAAGCUGAUGUAUCCGCCUUGCAACGUAGAGUGGACUCCCGAGGAGGGCAGUCGAGUGUGGUGCUCUAAACGGAGUGGUGGAAUAGAGCGAGACUGGAUUGGUGUACCAAGAAAGUUUUAUGAACCUGGAGGCAGUUCUUAUCGAUGUGCUUGCGUUAACAAUGCUGAUCUUCCUCAAGUUAUAUCACCUGAAACAGGGAAAGUAAGAUCAAAGAACAUCGAAGAAUACGAGGACUGUCAUCCUAAAUCUAGCAGUUGUUUUGUGGAUGCAGACUAAUUUGUUUAGUUCUUACACAACUAGAUUGAAUAAUUCUUAGUUUUAUUAAUAGCUUUGUAAGCUUAAAGACCAUGCUGUAUCAACCCACGGAAAAAAGGGGAGAGUCGUGAACACGAUAACUUGUGUAAUGUUUGUCCGAUUUUGAUGAAAUUUGGUUUCAAGGUGUAAGGCGGGAUAAACUUGAAUGAGUUUGCGAACCAGCAUGAUCGGACCAUGGAAACGGAGUUUUACGGGGGGUUUUAUAGGGUAAAAAUUGGGUUUUCUCAUUUUUGACCAUAAAAAAAAGUUUUCAAAUUUCUCUCUUGACCAUUUUAAAGAGCUUAAAAAGACAAAUAAUUUAGUAUAUCAAAGUGUUUUUGUAUGGUUUUUGGUAACGGAUGAAAUUCCAAAAAUUGUUAAUUUGA